GUGAUGAUAAGAUGUCAUUGUCAUAAUGUCAUAAACAAACAGGCAUCUUUGGUGUGAAAGUUGUGUAUAAUUUUUGUUUGAUUCAAUUUCUCAAUGAAAAGUGGCUAUUUCAUUAUAAAUAAAGGUCUUCAAGAAGAGUAUUAUGGAUGUUAUAUUUAUAAAAUCUAAAUAGAAAUGACCAGUUUGACUUUGGCAUUAGAUAAUAUUGAUGUUAUUGAAAAUACCGAACAAAUUAGUAAACUGUUUCCAAAGUGUAGACCAAGAAGCGACAUUAACUUAAAUCCUAUAAUAGCCUCGGGAAGAGACCAUGAAUGUAUUGAAAACACGACAAAUACUGUCAUGAAUAUCGACAGUGAAAAUGAUAGGAUAAUCGAAAUAGCUGGCGGAAGAGAAAUAUAUUCCCAGAGUCGAAGCAAGGCGUUGAGAAAGUCUCGCAGCUCCCUAGCAAGCGAAGAUGGGCAGAAGAAGAGCCCGAAAUCGCCCAUGAGACAGGGGGUUUGGGAAUUACGUAGCCGAAACGAGGCUAAAAAACUACGCAAUUCCCGAGACUACACCGAAACAGUAUUUUCAUCCGAAGUUUGUUCCGUGGCACAUGAACAAAAUGAGGAGCCCGUCGUAGAGACGACCAGCCCUGUAAACAUGACGUUCCCAGGAGAAGUGGUCGUCUUCGAUGACAUCGGCGAGAAUUGGCAUGUGGACGAUAAGAGGCGGAUACACAAGGAUCAAUCCAAUCACACUGCCACGAAAAUGUUCAAUGCUAGCGACACGGACUCAGAGAGAGUCGCCAAGGUCAUAGGGAAUUUGCCCAUAGCCGUUUACGAAGGCUCACCUCGGAGAUAUGGUCAAAGACACACGGAAUCGAUUUGUUCUCACCCGCAGCUUCCUAGUGCACAAAGCUUAUUAGCCUCUCCUAGCGUUUACCCACCCAGGCCGGGUUUCCCACAAAGAAUUAUCAGCACACCUAGUCCCAUAGAGAAUGAAUCCAGAGAAACCACCCUCAAUAUGGAAAAUAAUUCCUAUAACAAUAAGACUUCACCACCUAACACUGCAACUUCGACUUUUGAUUACCUUUACGAGUUUUCCGAAACACGAAAAGUCCUAGAAGAGUUCUUCAAAUGUCCCCCAUCCGAGGAAGAAAACAGACUAGAGGUGGAAUUCCAAGAUUUAGAGUACGAACUUAGACGACAAGCCGGCGACUCCGGCAAUUCGUAUGUGGGACAGAGACUCGCUAAAAAUCUACCGGGGGAGAAUGAAUUCUGUAUGCGGAUUGAUUCCCCCCCAAGAAAAUGUAUGAACAACACUAACAUACCUAGCAUACAGGAUCAUGAUAUUACAGAGCAUGACAACAAUUUUUUGGAUCUGUCUAUUGGGACAGGUUCUAGUGGUGAAUUAGGUGAGACCGAGGUAGGUCUACAAGUAGGACAUAGUAGGAAUUUUACCCUUUCCCCAGAAACAACAGACUGUGACUCUAAUUGUGGAGAUUUAGAUAGUGAAGUAUCUCUAAUGCUUAUGGAAAAUGACAUGGGACCUUCUGGUGGCCUCUUAGGGUCAAACGCAGACUUAGCUAUUCCUAGUGAUUCUUUACGCUUAUACUCUAGUAUGCCAGUAUUAGAAGAUGGUUUAUCGUCAGGUCAUGCUAGUGACACUGAUAACAAUAAUCCUACAGUGAUGCUCAUGAAGCGGCAAAUUACGGAAAUUGAACGUGAAAUAAACCAAGGCAUUUGCAAAUCGAAUUCCACAAAAACGAACGAAAAUGGUUUGUCGCCCACAAAUGAAAUACAAAAUGCUUCACCAAUCGAUAUCAUCAAUGGUUGUGCUAGUAGUUUUGAAGAACCCAUGACUAUUUCACAAACCGAUUCACUUGAAAAAACCCCUCCGCCUCCAGCUCCAGCACCCCACCGCUUGAUUCAAGGGGAAAAACCUAGUGAAGUUGAGGCAGCUAUAAAGGAUAUCAGGCUGACUUUGCAAAGAACCAAGACAUUACCUUUGCAGCGUCAUCCUGAGGAGGAGAAUGAAGAGAUUGCAGCGAGUCCCAUAUGGAUACCGAGUCAUUUCAGGCAAAGGGGCAUGUCGACUGCUAGCGGUGAUUCGGAGAGGAAAGCUAAUAGUGGUGCUGAAGAAGAAGAGAAUGACACAGAUUUGGAAACAGACCGCCUUCUGGGGCAACAGAGAACAGAUGACCAAGGUUUUUACGAUGACAAGGAUAAAGACAAUAAAAAGAAAGGGAGAAAUAAAGAAGAUGUCAUACAACGUUCAGUAUUGAUAGAGGGCGUGCUGUUUCGGGCAAAGUACUUGGGUUCGACUCAAUUGGUCUGUGAAGGACAACCUACGAAAACUACCAGAAUGAUGCAAGCUGAAGAAGCAGUAUCUAGAAUAAAGGCACCUGAUGGCGAAACCCAGCCCAGCACAGAAGUUGACCUAUUUAUCUCAACGGAAAAGAUAAUGGUCCUCAACACAGAUCUCAAGGAAAUCAUGAUGGACCACGCUCUGAGAACCAUCUCCUAUAUAGCAGAUAUAGGCGACUUGGUGGUUCUCAUGGCCAGACGUAGGUUUGUGCCUCACGAAAUGGAAGAGGCCCCGAAAAUCAAUCGGACCCCCAAAAUGAUAUGCCACGUUUUCGAAAGCGAAGAGGCCCAAUUCAUCGCCCAGUCGAUCGGACAAGCAUUCCAGGUGGCUUACAUGGAAUUUUUGAAAGCCAACGGCAUCGAGGACCACAGCUUCGUCAAAGAAAUGGACUACCAAGAAGUGUUGAAUUCCCAGGAAAUAUUCGGUGAUGAGUUGCAGAUGUUUGCCAAGAAAGAAAUGCAAAAAGAGGUUGUGGUGCCCAAAGCAAAAGGGGAGAUCCUGGGUGUGGUCAUCGUGGAAUCGGGCUGGGGCUCGAUGCUGCCAACAGUUGUAAUAGCGAAUCUCGCUCCCAGUGGGGCGGCCGCCAGAUGCGGCCAACUGAACAUCGGCGACCAAAUCAUAGCGAUAAACGGCGUGAGUCUCGUGGGACUGCCCCUGUCUACCUGUCAAACGUACAUAAAGAACUCCAAGAACCAAACCGUGGUCAAGUUGACCGUCGUGCCGUGCGCUCCGGUGGUCGAGGUCAAGAUAAAGAGGCCGGACACGAAGUAUCAGCUUGGGUUCAGCGUGCAGAACGGGGUCAUAUGCAGCCUGCUGCGUGGUGGUAUUGCAGAGAGAGGAGGCGUGAGAGUGGGGCAUAGGAUUAUCGAGAUAAAUAAUCAAAGUGUAGUUGCAGUUCCUCAUGAGAAAAUUGUCAACCUAUUGGCCACUUCGGUGGGAGAAAUCCUGAUGAAAACAAUGCCGACUUCCAUGUUUCGUUUGCUUACUGGUCAAGAGAAUCCUGUAUACAUCUAAGUUGAAAUAAACCAAGGUUCGAAAGUGCCUACUUGUAGUUGAUAUUGAACUGUCCUUGGGAAUUGUUUUGAUUUUGAUAAUGCUUGAGUCGCAGAUCGAUAUAUUUUUUAUUGUUAGUAUAAGUUCUACAGACUGAAGACAAUACAAGCAAAAGAACUGCGCUCUGCACAAAAUCGUUUGCGCUGAGCUUUCGUGAUAGACCAUAUCUCUGCUUUGUCGCGUCAUUAGUUCAUUCGUUUUAGCUCACGUUGAGAAAAAAAUCUCAGGUUCUGUUGCUCGUUUUCAGAGGAUUCUUAUUCGUCCAUAUACCCCUGGUUGUGCGAAAAUAUCUCAAUAUACUUAUUUCUAGGAGUUGUAUAGGUUUAAAAAUUAUUGCUCACAUUUUCUUGAUCAUCUAGAUUCUAGCACAUGAAAUCAUUUUUUUAUUCAUACGAUGAUCAUGGUUCAUCUUGAUGUUUUCACAAUCCAAAAUUGGAAUUCCGAACUCAAACAAUUGUAAAGCCAUUUUUCUUGUAGGUACAAAAACCUUCCUGGUUUUCAUGAAACUUGGUUUCUCUUGACGUGUAAAAAUGCGCUCUAAUUUGUGUUAUACAGG